CAACAAUAGACGCAUUCUUAUCGACGUCGGCUAACUUAUUGCGAAGAACUGAUAAAAUUACUCGGAUCCGCAUCCGACCCACAAUACCUUCGCGAUGGCCUCAGCGGCUGCCUCCCCAACAGCCGAGCAGACGGCUGCUUCCAGAGCAGAGUCUUCCCGCGAAGUUCUCAGCGGAGAACGCCUGACAGCCGCUGAAACCGUCCCGAUCGCAUCAGCAAACAGCAUACACCUGUCAUCGAUACUUCCGCGGUACAGCAACUACAAUGUGAGGGUAGACAAGGACCGAAGUGAUCGAGCUCUAGAGAUCAGAUUGCUGUCGUCUCAACGACCGCAUAUGCGCGCGUUUUACUGCGCAACGAUUUCCUUUUUCGCUGCCUUUGGCAUGUGGUUUUCCGUUUCUCCAUUUUUGGGUAUUAUUGGCGAGGAAUUAUCGCUGUCGCGGUCCCAACUCUGGUUGUCCACCAUUUGCUCCGACGUCGCCACGAUUUUGUCGAGAUUCGUAGUAGGACCGGCCUGCGAUUUUUACGGAGCGCGUUUGCCAAUGGCGGUCGUCUUGAUUCUAUCGUCUAUCCCCACCGCACUGACAGGGACUGUACGCUCCUUUGCCGGACUUUGUGCGGUCCGGUUUGGAACCGGAAUUGCCGGUAGUGCUUUUGUCAUGGCACAGUACUGGAUGGGACAAAUGUUUUGUCAGGAAAUUAUUGGAACAGCGAACGCAAUUGUCGCUGGUUGGGGUAAUUCAGGUGGUGGAGUCAUUCAAGUGUUACUUGGUACCGGCUUGUAUCCCUUCUUGAAAGAAGCGUCUGGCAAUGAUGAGGCGUGGAGGUUUGUCUUUGUCGUACCGGCCGUCUUUGCGAUUGCCGUGGCAAUCGUUAUAGUUAAAUCGUCCGACGACGCUCCAUUGGGAUACUACCGUGAAAUGAAACGCAACGGGACCAUGGAUUUGCACCAUUCCACCAUGAUGAGUGGGACAACGUCCCGAAACGCUUGGCUGCUCGCGGUGGCCUACGCCUGCUCCUUUGGCGUCGAAAUCACUUUCAACAACGCCGCUUCGCUGUACUUUCGCGACGAAUUCGGUGCUUCGACGUCGUCAGCCGCAGCCUUGGCCAGCAUCUUUGGAUUGACCAAUCUUUACGCCCGCGCAUGCGGCGGUAUCGUCAGUGACCUUAUGAAUCAGCACUGGGGCAUGUGGGGUCGACUAAGUUGGGGCUGUAUCGCUAUUGUGAUUCAGGGCGCCUCCAUUAUUGCUUUCGGGUACGCCGACACGUUGACCAGUGCGGUACCGUUGUUGAUUCUCUUGAGCAGCUGCGUGAACGCGACGGAAGGUGCCAUCUUUGGCAUUGUACCGUACGUCAACCCGGCGGUCGCCGGAUCGAUUGCUGGAAUUGUAGGACUCGGUGGCAACGUCGGUGGUGUAUGCUUUGCCUUGGCCUUUCAUAGUUUAUCGUAUCUGCAAGCCUUUAAGGUCAUGGGGGCGGUUGCCAUGGCAUCGAGCGCAAUCUUCUUUUUUGUGGACAUUCCCGGACACGCAACGCUAACGUCAAGGAGUAAGUCACUCAAAGCCAUCAACGCGAGGAGAGAAACCACGGAAAGAUUACCGAUGGAUCAAGACGAAGAUAGAAUACAAGAAAGUCGCCGUAGCAAGGACGACGCGACCAUACCCGCCGCUGUGUAG